GCUGGCAGAGGCGCCGCGGCGAGGUGGCGGGCUGCGUGCGCGAGCGGGGCGGCCGCCUCCCGGCCCGGAGAUCGGAGAGGCCGUUUGGGCUGGGUGCUCCGGCUCCGAGGGCACGGUUCGUGGCCAGGGCCGCGGAGCUGAGCUUCAGGCACUUUUGGGGGAAUAUCUGGAGGCCCGGCCGGGCCAAGGCGCUGGGGGUCUUGAGCAGACCCGGGAGAAGAGUAUUAUUGCUGAAGUCCGUGGGUAGGGCGCUGGUGGAGGGCGACAGUGGGCGAGGACAGGCACUGCCAGGGCUGGCAUGAGUGGAGGGGGACAAGGAGGGCUGGAGUUUGAGUCUGAGCCUGAUUUGGGAGGUCCGUGGCAGUGGGUGGGUUGAUGAGUCAUGAGAUUUGGAGAUCAGAGAAGCCUUUCCUGAGUGAGGGAGAUAAAAAGGGCCAGGAUUUGGAGGUGGCUUGGAGGCCACGUCUUUGGACAGUAGGUGUUGAAAUGGCCACCAAUACCCAUGUGAGGGACUUUGGGAGCAACGUCUCAAAGUGCUGUUGAUUCCGAAGCUUUGGCUGGGGGUGACGUAAAGGAAGGUCUUUGUGGUGGCCAGUCCCUGCCUUCCUUCCUUUCCAGGCCUUCAGGAUUCAGCUGUGUUCCUGUGGGGAGUGGGUUAAAAAUUCCUCUGGCCUACAAUCAGCCUUACAGCACCCAUGGGGUAGGAGGGACAAACAUGCGUGACUGCAGCAGCCUUGUCUGUGUGGAGCCCCAGCGCUUCCUCACCGUUACCACAGAAACAGCCUAUUGAUGGUGCAUUUAUAGGGGAAGAAGCAGGCGCUACAUUUUGGGGAGGAGGCCUCAGAGCAGCAGCAGCAGUGAUGGAUGGUGGCCACGAAAUUGCUCAUUGGAGGAGUUCCUGGCUUGUUUGAAGCUUAAAAAUGAAUGGAUGGCUUUUGCAGGCAACUGAGACACUGGAUAUGAGAGAACAUGAUGGCAGUGUUUCUGGAGGCCAAGAACGCCCAUUCAGUCCUGAAACGAUUCCCUCGUGCCAAUGAGUUCCUGGAGGAGCUGCGCCAGGGUGCCAUCGAGCGGGAGUGCAUGGAGGAGAUCUGCAGCUAUGAGGAGGUCAAGGAGGUGUUUGAGGACAAGGAGAAGACGAUGGAGUUCUGGAAGGGGUACCCGAAUGCAGUCUACUCAGUCCGAGACCCUGCGCAAAGCUCAGACGCCAUGUACGUGGUUGUGCCCCUUCUGGGGGUCGCGUUGCUGAUUGUCAUUGCCUUGUUCAUCAUCUGGAGGUGCCAGCUGCAGAAAGCCACCCGUCAUCACCCGUCGUAUGCUCAGAACCGGUACCUAGCCAGUCGCGCUGGGCACAGCCUCCCCCGGGUCAUGGUGUACCGGGGCACUGUGCAUAGCCAGGGGGAGUCCUCUGGGCACCGUGAGGCAGGGAGCAACGCACAGGUGGUGCUGGGGCCCAGUCGGGGGGGCAGAACCACGGUCCGCCUCGAGAGCACCCUCUACCUCCCUGAGCUCUCUCUCUCCAGACUGUCCAGUGCCACCCCUCCGCCAUCCUAUGAGGAGGUGACUGCACCCCAGGAGAGCAGCAGUGAGGAGGUGAGUGUCUCUUACAGUGACCCACCUCCAAAAUACGAGGAAAUAGUGGCCGCCAACCCUGGCUCCAACAAGUAGUGGGACUCAUGUCCUGUCCGGUGUGAAAGCCUCUUUCAGGGGUCUCCUAUUUUCUUUUUAACUUUUUAAAGACUUUGCCACCACAAAACAGCCUUAGCCUCCUUGUUGCCAAAUACUUUCCUAACCGUGCAUUCAUAAGAAGUGAAUUGUCAGAGACAGGUGGAGGGAGGAAGAGAACACACAUGUGUCCAGGCCUCUGUGGGGAGCCACAGGCCGCGGAGCCCAGCUCUUCCAGAAGCCUCCAAGCCGCCCGCCAUCCUGUCCUCCUGUCGGGAGCCGGCUUCUCUUAUGCCAAAGGAGUCACCCCAUUGAGUUGAUUGUGGCCAGCGUGUUCAUAGGCUCAGGACCCAGGGCCGUGCAGCUGGCUGGAGACCUGUCUUGGGUCUGGAGGCCUAGGCCGCAGAGAGGAGGGAGAGAAGCCAGCCCUUGAGCACCCUUGCUUCUCAACAGUCCUGUGCUGCUGUCCUGGCCUACAUUUUGAGGACAGGAGCAAGGACUCAGCAGAAAACAAAAAGAAUUAACAAUAAAUAAAUGGCAAACACAUUAAAACACUAUAUCCUGGGCUAUUGGUGGAGGAGCAGGGGGAAUCAGUCACACAGAUCUAUGACCCGCCCAUCUCCCAACACCCAUCCCCCACACUCCUGCCCAGGUCAAAGGAAAGCCCAGAGCAACCUGGAAGGGGGACAGAGUGUGUGGGGCGGGGGGCUGGGGCUGGCUGGCCGGCUGCCUCUUCUAGAUUGGGAAGGGGCCGUCAGGAACUUGCCAUCUGGGAGGGCGGCUCUGGCUGUGCUUGGCCCCCUCUAGACCUUGGCUGUCCAGACACAUGUGCCGGCCGUGCUGAAACUGCUACCCACUGGCAUGUGCCCAGUCAUAGGCCCGCGAAAGCCAACACUUCUGAGCCAGCCUCCAAAUGUUUGCGGUUUGGGGUACAGGCUGGGUCAGAGAACUGUAGUUUUCUCCUUGUGAAGUUGAUUGGCUAAGAGGAUAAUUAAACCCUCAGUCUUGGCCUCCAUAGCACUGUGCUCCCUGGCUUUGAACUUCUAGGAUACUUCCGUUUUUGUGAGUGGUUGCAUUGACUUGAACUUGGACUUCAGAUGUUGAUUUUACCUUAAUGAUGGUGCUCACCUGGGGAGAAGAUCCUACAGUGUCCCUGUUAGAAAUUGUUUUGUGGGAGAGACUGGUGAAGCUGAUGACCUGGGGCUGAAGGCCCACCUGGGAUUUGCUGUGUCGUUGCCAGGUGCCAGCCCAUUUUAGAAACCCCUUUCUGCGGCCCAGGAGCUGUCCACCUCUCCAUUUCAAUGAGGUUUCACAGCAGUGGGGCAGAGGGGACCUUCCCUUUAACUGUCAGACACCACACAAAAGACACUGUCGAGGCCUACUCCCCCAAUCCCUCCACCUCCCUCCUCCUGGCCUCGGCGCCAAACCACUUGUCCUCUGUGGUGCUUUAAAAAAUGUAGCAAAUACUUGUGAGGCCCCAAAGAGUGCACAGCCAGGGUCUAUUGGCAACCACAGCAGUUUCAACGCCACUGAGAAGACAAGCUUCUUUCUAUCUGAACAGCUCUCCAUGGCAGGCAUCAGGCUGCCUUCUUAGCGUGCAGCCCUGCCUUGCGGCCCCAGACGACUUCUGGAGGCCCCUGCAGCCCUGGGGACUUGUCCCAGGACAUGCUUCAUGUCCCACCGAGACCACCAGCUUGGGCAGCCUGGCCCUGUAGUUGGGCUUUUCCAUCCUUCCCCCUACCUCACAGGCCUGUGGGAGGCUGACUCAGCUAAUGCCUGUGCGCUUUGCCCUUAGGAAGAUUCUUCUAGAAAUGGGUCGGUUAUAGGGGACCAGUCUUAGCAGAGGCCUUCGUAUGACUCUGAUGUCUAGUCUCAACCUGGGUAGUCAGUCCCCUGCCAGCUGACCCCUUCUGUCCUCACCCCUGCCCUGGGAGCUCCCCGAUGCCAGAGGUGCUGGCCAGGCGGCAUUCCACCUUCCCUUCUUUUCCUCCCUCUGGGCCACUAGCACCGCACUCCUGCCCUUCCUCACAAAGGCAUGUGGGGCCUAGAAGGCCGCUCCUUUUUCCAUGAUGGCAGCUGGAGUCACUCCUACUCGGCCACGUGGAGGACCUGGGGCAGCCUGAAGCUCUGGGCCAGCCCCUGCUCUCCCAGCAUUUCCUCAAGCAGGUGCCUGCGUGGGACCUGGGAGCAUGGGAGAAGACGCCUGCCCCUGUGUGUUUCCUCCCCACUGAGCAGAGCCGAAGGGAGCAUGCGGAGGAAUGCCUGCUGCCUUUGGCGUCUGUUGAGCCCUUCCCUGCCGAGCCACCAGGGAGCUGCAGCCGGGUGGGGAUGAGAGAGAGCAGGAAGCCGGAGCCCGGCCUGGUGGAGGGCAGCACGUGUCCCUAAAGCCCUGUGUGCUCUGCUUCAGGCGCCUUGCGGGGCUCUUCUAGGUGCAGGUGCCACCAUGGCCUCUGGGAUGUUUUUUGCAGCGUAUUGUAGAAGAAAGACUGCCACACACAGUGGUCAUGACUCAUUGUGGUGCACGUUUGGCUUUUAUGAAUGCUCUGCACCUAUCUUGUCAAACUGUCUUCAUAUGGGUGUUGUUUUGAUACAGUGCUAAAUCUGCAGUAGCCACAUCUUUGUUCAUGGACUUGUGCGCGUGUGUGUGUGCGUAUACCUGUGUGCACGUUGCCUUUUCUCACAUGCUUAUCUGAAACAAUAGCCAGUGUGUGGCUAUAUUUGUACCAGGAGGGUUCCGGUCUGAAGGGGGGAAUGUCGCCUCCGGGGGCUGGGCAGCCUGGCGCCAGGGCCCUGGGCAAGGAAAGCUGAGAGCAGCUGCGGGAGCCUCUGCCCCUUUCAGAAAAGGCUUUGGAAGAAACUGAGGCAGCUCCAUCUCGUGGGCCCCUGCCCUGGGGACCUUCGGGCACGGUGCCUCUUGCCUGGGCCCCGGCUCCUGUUCUCUGGGUGUCAGCAGCUGAAGGAAAUCUGAGCACUCCUGAGCAUUUUUAUUUUUAUUUAAAAAACUUUUUUUUGGUGGAAAGAUGUGUGACUGUUAACUUUGGGAAUGGCGGGGCUAGUUGUUGAGAUAUUUUUCAUUAAAAAAAGGAAAAGGCUUUAAAAAUUUCCUUGAAAUAUGACUGUCACUUGUUUUCAACCAAAAACUUUUUAAGACUUUCAAAAACAAGAAUGGCAAUCCUUCCCCUCCUCUGCUGCUCUUCCUCACUGGGGGGUUUCAAGAGAGCACGGCCGGCAGGCUGACCUAAGGCCAGGGGCCUCCCCUUCCACUGGCCAUUAGUGUGAGUUCCUCAGGGUGCCCAACUGUUUGGAUGGUGGCUUUUUGGUAACCAACUGUGACGGAUUUGGGAGAGGAACGUGUCUUUGUGUUAAGGAGUUGGAGCCAGAUGGUUCCUCUCUGGCUCAGGGCUUGAUCUUUUGACAACCAAAUGGCAUAUCCUAUGAGAAGAAAAAAAACAACACUGCCUCUAGAUUGUUCUUUUGUCUGGGAGAGAGAGCAUGAGUGAGAUCAUUGAGAGAGACUCCUUUCCCUACUCUCUGGCUGUCUGGGAGCCGGCCUGUGUUCUCUCCUGUGCUCUUAUGUUCAAGGCCGAGAUAGGAGAGCUGGACAGCAAGGCUGCUGGCCUAGGCUGCUCUUCACCUUGACAAGUAAUGAAGCUCCAUGUCAGGAUCAUGCUGAUUCAGAAACAAGCACAUUCUUGCCACUGAACUCUAGUCACACUAAUCAGUAUAAUUAGCUAAUUAAAAAGUACUGUAAUCAGGCUGCCUGCAACUAUGGUAAAAGCCCAUUAAUUUGAAGCCCACUAAUUCAGAACUUAGAGAAAAUCACGACCUCACAGAAUUCAGGGUAUCUGCGAUUCUUGCUCCAUAGAAAUAUUUGAAAUACUCUCCCCUGUAGUCUAUUUCCAGGGUCAUAUGUGUAAGACGGAUCUUGUUUGAAAUGAGUACUUUUUUCAAAUAAAGGCUCAAGAUACUAAGGA